AGGCGGAGGAGAGGGCUCGAGGGACCGUCUGUUGCGGGACGGGCUGGCCAGCUGGGGCGCGGAGCCUGGAGGAGGAGGAGGCAGCAGCAGCAGCAGCCCUUGGAGCGGCGGCAGCGGCAGAAACAAGUACCAGCCACACCGCGGCUCCUCCGGCCGAGCAGCCACAGUCCCCCGGCCGCGAUGGCGCUGCUAAGCCCGGCGAGCGAGGAAGCCAAGGGGCCCUGUCAGGAGGCAGACCAGGAACAGCAGGAGCCAGUGGGUAGCCCAGAGCCACAGCCGGAGCCGGAGCCUGUGCCAGUGCCCCCGCCCGAGCCCCAGGGGGAGCCCCAGCCCCUGGCGGAGCCCGCACCCCUGCCGGAGCUGGAGUUUGAGCCCGAGCCGGUGCACGAACCCGAGCCCACGCCCAAGGUGGAGACCCGCGGCACCGCGCGCGGCUUCCAGCCUCCGGAAGGUGGCUUCGGCUGGGUGGUGGUGUUCGCUGCCACCUGGUGCAACGGCUCCAUCUUCGGCAUCCAUAACUCUGUCGGGAUCCUCUACUCCAUGAUGCUAGAGGAGGAAAAAGAGAAAAAUCGCCAAGUGGAGUUCCAAGCAGCAUGGGUAGGAGCCCUUGCGAUGGGUAUGAUCUUCUUCUGUUCUCCCAUUGUAAGUAUAUUCACUGACCGUUUAGGCUGCCGAAUCACAGCAACUGCGGGGGCUGCUGUUGCUUUCAUCGGUCUCCAUACCAGCUCCUUCACCAGCUCCCUAAGCCUGCGCUACUUCACCUACGGGAUUCUCUUUGGUUGUGGCUGUUCCUUCGCCUUUCAGCCGUCCCUCGUCAUCCUGGGCCACUACUUCCAACGCCGCCUGGGUUUGGCCAAUGGCGUGGUGUCCGCUGGGAGUAGCGUCUUCUCCAUGUCCUUCCCCUUCCUCAUCAAAAUGCUGGGGGAUAAGAUCAAGCUGGCCCAAACCUUCCAGGUGCUAAGUACCUUCAUGUUUGUCCUUAUGCUGCUUUCACUCACCUACCGGCCCCUCCUGCCCAGCUCCCAGGACACCCCAAGCAAGAGAGGUGUCCGCACCCUGCACCAGCGCUUUCUGGCUCAGCUUCGGAAGUACUUCAACAUGCGAGUGUUCCGCCAACGCACCUACCGCAUCUGGGCCUUCGGGAUCGCUGCUGCUGCCCUUGGCUACUUCGUUCCCUAUGUACACCUGAUGAAAUACGUGGAAGAGGAGUUCUUGGAAAUCAAGGAGACCUGGGUGCUCUUGGUGUGUAUUGGGGCUACCUCAGGCCUUGGACGUCUCGUGUCGGGCCACAUCAGUGACUCUAUUCCUGGACUUAAGAAGAUCUACUUACAGGUACUCUCCUUCCUGCUCCUGGGCCUGAUGUCCAUGAUGAUUCCUUUGUGCCGAGACUUCGCGGGCCUCAUCGUCGUCUGCCUCUUCCUGGGCCUUUGCGAUGGCUUCUUCAUCACCAUCAUGGCCCCCAUCGCAUUUGAGCUGGUGGGACCAAUGCAGGCCUCACAAGCCAUUGGCUACCUACUGGGCAUGAUGGCCCUGCCGAUGAUUGCUGGGCCCCCCAUUGCAGGCCUCCUCCGCAACUGUUUGGGGGACUACCACGUGGCCUUCUACUUUGCCGGUGUGCCCCCUAUCAUCGGGGCUAUAAUCCUCUUCUUCGUCCCUCUGAUGCAUCAAAGGAUGUUCAAGAAAGAGCAGAGAGAUUCCAGCAAGGAUAAGAUGUUGGCCCCCGACCCGGACCCCAAUGGGGAGCUACUGCCAGGCUCCCCCAUCCCUGAGGAACCAAUCUAACGCCUUUUUCUUGCCAUUGUGUGCUCCUCCCCAGCCCUUCCCCUUCUUCCCACCCUGCUCAGCAUUUACAUGUUUGCCACCAGCACACUUGUUCCCAAACCUGUGCACACAGCGUUUCAGCCACCUGAUAACCCCCUUGGAGCUAAAGCUCCAGGUGUUCCAAACUCAUUAACCAAAUUCUCCCCAUGAAUGCCUUUAAACUUGCCAGGGCCCUUCUCUUCCCAGGGAUCUGGGAAGGCGUGGGAUCAUCUUCUGGCCUUUGGAACCUCUCCAUAUAGUUCCUAAGCCCUGGGAGAGGAGGAGGAUGUGAUCUCUUGGCCCCAGCUGGUUAGUCACCCACGAAAAUCAACCGCCAAAGGUGCUACUGUGUCCCCAAGAGCCUAGUGGGGGAUACCCAAGCCUCUGUUUGCUGAGGAGUUCAUUGCCAUCCAUUUUUUGGGAGCCCAUGGGGGGAGCAGAAAGGCAAAAUGAGACAAGGAGCUUUGUUUAGCCUUAGAGUUUCCAAAGGCUCUGGCUUCCCAAGAGCUGUGUACAGGCAGUAUCCCCAAAAUAUGGUUGGUUAACAGUCUGCUCCCCUCUUCCCUUCCUUCUUUUUCGCUCUACUGUCUUCUCUCUCUUCUCUUCCCCUCUAUUUCUUUCUAUGACUGUCAAAACACAUGGGUCCUGGGAGAAAGGAAGGACCCAACCCAGAGCUUGGGCAAAUCAGCCUCACCUUGGCCCUGUCCACCCCUAACGCUAGCCUAAUGCCACUCAUCUCAGGCUGAGCCACAUCUCACGUUUUGGCUCCAGCUGAUAUAAUCCUAGACUGGAAAAGUAGAAUACCAAAUAGGGAAGGGACCUUAAAUACUACAGAGUUCCAUGUUCCACUCGCUGAUUUUUACAGAUUUCCCAGGCCAAUGCAUUUAUCUGGAGACCCUCCCAGCUCCCCCAUCCUCAUAUCUACCUGUCAAAAUGUGAAGAAACCCCUUUCAUCUCAGCAGGCAGAGGAGGACAGAUGACAGAGAGCUGGCAUGGUGGGAGUAGCAGCAGUGCCUAUUGACAUGGUAAAGGACCAACUCCUCCAUGUCUCAGUUUUCAUAAUAGGUCAAUAUUUUCACCUGGGCCAGGCCAGAAUAGGGCUGUUCCAUUCCUAACCUGGACCCCAAAAAGGUACAGGCAGCAGCUGCACAUAGGGUUGGACAACUUCAUUUAGGAAAGGGAAGCCAUCCUAGCUUUUACCACUCAAUCUGUCCGCCAUGCUGGGCAUCCUAGACCACUCUGCUUAGUGGGCAUUAAAGGUGCCAUGAAAGGUAGACUCUGGACCACCUUCACGUCUCUGAAGUAGGUCCCAGAUGUUCCCUAUGCCCAGGCUCUGGGCAACAGUCUUACUGAAGACCAUUCCCAGUGCCCUUGGCUCGGAGCACAGGGCACUGCCAGGCUGCGUCCAGCUAGCACAGCUCACCUCAUUAGCAGCUCAGCCUUUCUCCUCACUCCGCCUCUCUGUGUCUCUUUUUCCACUCUCUGGGCCUUUGUCUAUUAUAUUCCUGUCACCCACCCUUUCAACAUCUUUCUUUGCCAGGCAUUCCUGGCUGUCACUUGGAGCCAACAGUAACUUGCCACCCCAAGCCAGGGUCACCCCAGGGCCAGAAGGAUGAGGCUGCCCUGAGGGGCUCCAAAGAAGACGACGGUCCCCACCCAUAAGUUUUCCGUUACAAACAGGCAGCUGGGGCAUGGUUGGCCUCUGAUGGUUUCUUUCAAGGCCUAAGUCCUGAGCCCCCUCCGCUGGUCCCAGUCCAGCUCUUAUUAACUCCCCAAAGGAAAACCCACUGGUUCUUGGCUCUGCGAGCAGAAAGGGGGGGCUGAGUUACUAUCCUGUCAGCUGGAACAGCAGUGGGACAGGAGAAGCUGGGCCCCAGGAGCCCUGUAACUCCCAGGAGAGACCACUGAAAAAACUGGAGCAAUGCUGUCCCUGCUUCCAUUCCUCCCUACCCCACCCCACUGAGUCAGCGGAGGGCGAUUCUGCAGGGCCUCAUUUGUUGCUCAUGGCCAGGUAGCUCUUAAGAAUCAGGCUGCCACUGACUUCUCUCCAGAUGAAGGGAAGACAUUCACAGGUCCCAAAUCUGCCCAUCCAGGUCUCACACAACAUCGUGGGGUGUCAAUUUACUUCUUCCACACAUGUGGACGCGCAUGCAUGAGCUCGUGUGCUUUUGGAGAGAACGUUUGUUGGCAAAAGCAGCACAGUAUUAAUAUUUAGAGUAGGAUGCAGCCUCUUAUGCACCACCAUUCAAUCUAGGAGAACGAACAAAAAUGUCAGAGCUUGAGACAUGGGACAUUUAAAUCCUCAAGGGGUUUGGAACAAAAUAAACAGAUCUAAAAAUUUGG